AUGGCUCGCCAUGGGGAUACUCGCUCACCAUCACCUGUAGGCAGCACAUACUCAUCGUCAAGACGAAGUCGCAGAGACGACGACCGCUAUGAGUGGAAGCGAGACGAUGGCCGCAGUUACCGCAGGUCUCGUAGCCCCGAGCGGCGAUAUCGUGACCGUGACCGUGACCGCGAAUCAUACCGAAGACGCGACCGCUCCGUAGACAGACGCGACAGCCACCGCGAGGAAGACGGUUAUCGACGCCGAGACCGCUCCCGAGAUCGACGCCGCUCUAGAGACCGAGAUCGUGACCGUGACUAUCGCCGAAGGAGCCGCAGCCGCGAUAGGGACUAUCGAAGCAGGCGAGAUGACUCCCGCGACCGGGCCCGAAGACGGACAGACGAUUCUGCUGACUUGAAGCACAAGUCUAGACGGGACGAUAGCCGAGAUCGGACCAGGGGCUCCGAGCCUAAAUCUCGCGAGGCCUCAAAGCCGGCGACGCCGACACGCGCAGGGCCAACGGACGAUGAAAAAAGAGCCGAGCGACUUGCAAAGCUUGAGGCAUGGAAGCAAAAGCAGGCUGCUGAGAAAGAACGAAAGCAGAAGGAGGCUGAAGCCUCCGGUGGGCCAAGAAAUAUCUUGGAAGAAAUCGAUAGAAAGUCUGGGUUGUCACCAGCCGUUAGUUCUCCCCAGUCUCCUGCCCCGCAAGGCGUUGAUGCCGCUCCAGCUGCAUAUGCUGGAAAAUUCGAUCCGAAAGCUAUCGCCAAGAGUGCUGCUCAGACCCCAAUUGCUCCAUCUGUUCUGGGGAAUGACGUGUCUGUUCCGUCCCCUGUCAAAACCUCGGUUGGAUUGCCAGCGAAGGUACAAGAUAACAAAACUUCGAACAACACUCCAUCUUCAGCUGCAUUAAAGGCAAAAGGCAAUGUGGGGAGAUUCGGAUUGGGCUCCAAGCAAGUGGCGGACAAUGAGAAAUCAAUCGCCACUAAGACGCUAGGAUUCGGUGAAGAAGAAUCAACACGGAGGAAACUCGAACGCCUACCGACACCGCCCGUGGACGAUUCAAAUGCUAGUAAAGCAGCGGACGCGACUGCAGACGAUGACGACGACGUUGACAUGCAAGAUGGAGAAACCGAAGAGGAGGCUGCCGCUGCCGCUCGCAUAGCUGCCGAGCGACGGGAGGAACGCCUGCAAAACGAAGCACUUGCCGAAAAAUCCAAUGGUAGCACGCCAGCGAAAGAAGAAAUGUCUGAUAAAAUGGAAGUUGACGCCCAAGAGGAGGAAGAGGUCGAUCCUUUGGAUGCUUUUAUGUCUGAACUCGCUGAAUCCGCUCCCCCAAAGAAGAAAGUGGGUGCCAAGUUCUCCAAGGCACAAGAGCCCGAGGCUAUCUUUGGUGAUGAGCAUGACGUGGGAAUGACUGCUGUUGGUGAAGGCGAUGCUGAAGAUUUCCUUGCCAUUGCCAGCAAGGCGAAGAAGAAGAAGGAUAUCCCGACUGUUGACCAUCAAAAGGUGGAAUAUGAGCCGUUCCGACGCAAGUUCUACACCGAACCGUCAGACUUGGCACAGAUGUCUGAAGAGGAAGCGGCGAAUUUGCGACUUGAACUUGAUGGCAUCAAAGUCCGCGGGUUGGAUGUUCCUAAACCAGUACAGAAAUGGUCCCAAUGUGGCUUAGGUAUACAGACGCUGGACGUUGUCGACAAGCUUGGCUUUGAGAGUCUCACUUCCAUCCAAGCGCAAGCGAUUCCUGCCAUUAUGUCGGGCCGUGAUGUGAUCGGCGUGGCGAAGACAGGAUCCGGAAAGACAAUGGCAUUUCUGAUUCCCAUGUUCAGGCAUAUUAAAGAUCAGCGGCCGCUUGAGAAUAUGGAGGGCCCAGUGGGCUUGAUCAUGACGCCCACCCGUGAGUUGGCGACGCAGAUUCACAAGGACUGCAAACCGUUCCUGAAGGCUCUGAAUCUGCGGGCUGUUUGUGCUUACGGAGGCGCUCCCAUCAAGGAUCAAAUCGCUGAACUGAAGCGAGGAGCAGAAAUCAUCGUAUGCACUCCAGGACGGAUGAUUGAUCUCUUGGCAGCGAACUCUGGGAGAGUUACCAACCUUCGCCGGGUCACGUAUGUUGUCCUGGAUGAGGCUGACCGUAUGUUCGACAUGGGAUUUGAGCCUCAAGUCAUGAAAAUCCUCAGCAAUGUACGCCCUGACCGUCAGACUGUACUGUUUUCUGCCACAUUCCCACGAAAUAUGGAAGCUCUGGCUCGCAAGACUCUCACCAAGCCCAUUGAAAUCGUUGUGGGUGGCAGAAGUGUCGUUGCGCCUGAGAUCACCCAGAUUGUAGAAGUCUGCAACGAGGAUAAGAAGUUCAUCCGCCUUCUGGAGUUACUGGGUAAUCUUUACUCCACUGACGAAAAUGAGGACGCACGGUCGUUGAUCUUUGUUGAUCGCCAGGAAGCGGCCGAUACUCUUCUCCGGGAGCUGAUGCGCAAAGGUUAUCCUUGCAUGUCUAUCCACGGUGGUAAAGAUCAAAUUGACCGUGACUCUACCAUCGAAGAUUUCAAGGCCGGCAUUUUCCCUGUCCUAAUUGCUACAUCUGUUGCUGCCCGUGGUCUAGACGUCAAACAGCUGAAGCUUGUCGUCAACUACGAUGCGCCAAACCAUUUGGAAGACUAUGUGCACCGUGCUGGACGUACGGGCCGUGCCGGCAACACAGGAACAGCAGUCACUUUCUUGACGGAGGAUCAGGAACGUUACUCGGUCGAUAUCGCCAAAGCACUAAAGCAAAGCGGACAAGAGGUGCCAGAGUCAGUGCAAAAGCUGGUCGACUCGUUCUUGGAGAAAGUCAAGGCCGGUAAAGAGAAGGCCAGCAAUUCUGGAUUUGGUGGAAAGGGUCUAGAGCGAUUGGAUCAGGAGCGCGAUGCCGCUAGGAUGCGCGAGCGCCGCACAUACAAGACCGGAGACGAGGGCGAAGAGGAGGAAGAAAAGGACGAGAAGAAGAACGAACAGGCUGAAGAGCAGUUCAACAAGGUACUCUCUUCCGUUCAAUCUGCCUCCGCACAGAUACCUGGCGUUCCCAAGGGCAUCGACCUCGACGGCAAGAUCACUGUCCACAAGAGAGAAGUCGAUCCAAAUGCUCCCAACAAUCCUCUUGAUAAGGUUGGCUCGGCUGUUGCAGAUAUUCAUGCACGUCUCAGCCGUGCUGGUGUCAUGAGAUCAGGUGUUCCCAUUGACAACCGCGGUCCCGACGCUGGUGCGUUCCACGCUACUUUGGAAAUCAAUGACUUUCCCCAGAAAGCUCGAUGGGCGGUUACGAAUCGUACGAAUGUGGCGAAAAUUCUCGAGGCUACUGGCACGUCUAUCACGACAAAGGGUAGCUUUUACGCUGCCGGCAAAGAGCCUGGUCCGGGAGAGAACCCCAAGCUGUACAUUCUGGUCGAAGGUGAAACCGAGCUGUCAGUGACGAAUGCGAUGCGGGAGUUGAUGCGCUUGUUGAAGGAGGGCACAAUCGCCGCGGUGGAUAGCGAGUCUCGGGCUCCGGCAUCUGGACGAUACAGUGUGGUAUAG